GCCUUUAUAUGCCAAGUUACAAAAAAAUAACGAAGCCUUUAUUACAAAUACUCAUGCAAAAACACAAUAAAUAAUAAAAAACAUUGCAUUGACUUCUCACCCGCUUGUUCCACCUGCUGCGAGAGCUCCGAGCAGAAGAGAAGAACGGAAGGUUUAGAGGGUACUGUGCAGCCCACGGUGCCACUCUCAUUUCUUAUCCUACGCCUCUCCGUCUUUCUUAUCCUGCACCUCUCCGCCUUGUUCCGGUGUCUCAUGGGCGCUUCUUCUCCAAGCAAAAAAAUAUCUCUUGUCGUUGUUUCUCAGAAUAGAUUCUAGAGUUCCCGCAUUGAAUAAUCGCGUUUGCGUUUCGCCAAUUAGCGUUUUCUCGAAAUGCUUUGGAUCACGAGACUCUCUGCAUUCUUCUCCGCCGCGAUGGCAGUGAUCGUCUUAUCUCCGUCGCUGCAAUCCUUCCCUCCCGCGGCGGCGAUCCGGUCCUCCGAUCGUAGCUUAAUCUCAUCCUUCAGAAACUCCCCUCCCUUUCGCAACGCCGCCGAAGAAUGUCUCUCCUCCUCCGCCGCAGACUCCAACGUCUGCAACCCCUCGUUAGUCCACGUGGCGAUCACACUCGACGUAACUUACCUCCGCGGCUCAAUCGCAGCCGUCAAUUCAAUCCUCCAACACUCCUUAUGCCCCGAGAGCGUCUUCUUCCACUUCAUCGUCUCCUCCGAGACAAACCUAGAGUCUCUCGUGAGAUCGACUUUUCAAGAACUAAAAUUCAAAGUUUACUAUUUUGCCCCUGAGACGGUCCGCGGUUUGAUCUCUUCCUCCGUGAGACAGGCCCUCGAGCAGCCGUUGAACUACGCUAGAAACUACCUCGCGGAGCUUCUCGAGGGCUGCGUUAACCGGGUCAUAUACUUGGAUUCGGAUCUUGUGGUGGUCGACGACAUCGCAAAGCUCUGGAAAACGGGUCUGGGUCCGAGGGUAAUCGGAGCUCCAGAGUACUGCCACGCGAAUUUCACUAAGUACUUCACCGGAGGGUUCUGGGCCGAGGAGAGAUUCUCGGGUACGUUUCGACGGAGGAGGAGGGCUUGUUACUUCAACACGGGGGUGAUGGUGAUUGAUUUGAAGAAGUGGAGACGAGGUGCCUACACGAGACGGAUCGAGAAGUGGAUGGAGAUUCAGAGGACGGAGAGGAUCUACGAGCUGGGAUCGCUUCCGCCGUUUCUGCUUGUUUUCGCCGGUCACGUGGCGCCGAUUUCGCAUAGGUGGAACCAGCAUGGGCUCGGUGGGGACAAUGUUAGAGGUAGCUGUCGGGAUUUGCAUCCUGGUCCGGUGAGUUUGCUUCAUUGGUCUGGUAGUGGCAAGCCGUGGUUAAGGCUUGACUCGAAACGGCCUUGUCCGUUAGAUGCUCUGUGGACGCCUUAUGACUUGUAUCGACACUCACAUUGAGGCCGGUUUGUUGCAUAUGCAGCCAUUUGGUGCUGCUAUAUGAGGAGACUGGAGAGUACUAGAGUAGAGACUAGAGAAGGUUUCAUCGAUAUUGACCGGUUCGGUUUGGAAGACAAUCGAAGGUAGCUUUUGUUUGUAGAAGAUGAAAACCCUUGCCGGGUAAAAUGGGUUUGGUUUAGCCAAACCGGAGACAUAAUUGAGAUGUGGAAACUUUAUUUUAAUGUGUGGUUUGCCGGGCGGGUCGGAUCAUUUUUGUUGGCGAGAAGAAAACAGAGUUAGGUUACUCAUGUGGAUGAUAUUUUGUUGUGUGUUUAUCAAUAAUAUCUUUUAUAAAAUAUGUUUUUGGUAUAUUGUGCCCUCAUUGAAAAUGAACCAUGUA